AUGGAUUAUACAUUAGAACCCAAUGUGACCCCAAUAACCGACUACUACUAUCCUGAUAUCUUCUCAAGCCCUUGUGAUGGGGAACUUAUCCAGAAAAGCAACAGUUUUCUUCUUGCCAUUUUUUACUGCCUCCUGUUUGUGUUCAGCCUUCUGGGAAACAGUCUGGUCAUCGUGGUCCUCAUCACCUGUAAGAAGCUAAGGAGCAUCACAGACAUAUACCUCUUGAACCUGGCCCUGUCUGACCUGCUCUUUGUCUUUUCCUUCCCCUUUCUGACCCACUAUCAUCUGGACCAGUGGGUGUUUGGUGCUGUAAUAUGCAAGGUGGUCUCUGGAUUUUAUUACAUUGGCUUCUUCAGCAGCAUGUUCUUUGUCACUCUCAUGAGUGUGGACAGAUACCUGGCUAUUGUCCAUGCCGUGUAUGCCAUGAAGGUGAGGACAGCCAGCAUGGGCACAGCCCUGAGUUUGGUGGUCUGGCUGACUGCCAUCAUAGCCACAAGUCCAUUGCUAGUAUUUUACCAAGUGGCAUCUGAAGAUGGCAUUCUGCAGUGCUAUUUGUCUUACAACCAGCAGACAUUAAAAUGGAAGAUCUUCACCUACUUUGAAAUUAAUAUCUUAGGUCUGUUGAUUCCAUUCACUAUUCUAAUUUUCUGCUAUAUCAGCAUCCUGCACCAGCUAAGGAGAUGCCAAAACCACAACAAGACCAAGGCCAUCAAGUUGGUACUCAUUGUGGUCAUUGCAUCUUUUGUCUUCUGGGUCCCGUUCAAUGUGGUCAUCUUCCUCACUUCCCUACACAACAUGCACAUCUUGGAUGGAUGUGUCAUGAACCAGCGGCUGAUUUAUGCUACCCAUAUCACAGAAACCAUUUCCUUCACUCACUGCUGUGUGAACCCAGUUAUCUAUGCUUUCAUGGGUGAAAAGUUUAAGAAACACCUCUCAGAAAUUUUUCAGAAGAGUUGCAGCCACAUCUUCCUCUGCAUAAGGAAGCGAGUCUCCAAAGACAGCUGGGAAAGAUCUUCCUCGUUCCACCAGCAGUCCUCCCAUUCCUCCAGUAUAGACUACAUUUUGUGA